AUCGCUGUGGCGGAGACUACCGAGCGUGCGUCAAACCGCUCAGAGUUUAAUAAAAAGGAAGGGCGGGGAAAUAUCGGGGCAAUGUAGUUUGUGCGACUUUUAUUGCUGCUGUGAUAUAACCCAGCUAGCCCCUUGACUGUUGUAUUGUUUGGAGAGAGCAGUGCGCGUCAAUGAAAGGUUUAGAGAAAGUUGUUGCUGAGUUGUGUGUGAGUUCUUAACAGCGCUCCUGGCUCGUCUGCUCCUGUCAUCAUUACGCACGGGAGGAAUCCCGCUCCAGGAGAGACAACACAACGUUGAGAACAGUUCCCAUACAGUAGAACAGGGAGGUCUCUCUUCAGGAGUGAGAAGAGGACUGUUGAGAAACAAUAGUGGAACAGAGAAGAAAACCUUCACUUUCGCAUAAUGAAGACUGGAGGGACUGAGUGUGAGCCUGUUGAGAGACUGUCCUGGGGCUUUACUGGAGGUCAAGGGAGGAUUAGGCUGUCUCUAGCCCACCCAGUGCUGCUGCUUCUGGGGAUGGUACUGCUGGUCCUCCUGCCUUCUGGAGAAAGUGUCAAACAGAGUGUCCCCAGAGUCCAACUCAGCUACAAAGAGCUGGUCCAGAGUGGUAGUGUAUCAGUGUUCCUGAGUCCUACUGAUGGUCUCCAUUCCCACUCAGUGUUGUUGGAUGAGGAGAGAGGCAGGCUACUGCUGGGAACCAGAGACUCAGUUUACCUACUGGACCCUGACCACCUCAGUAGAGCCCCCAGGAAGAUCAGCUGGCCAGCUCCCAGAGACAGAGUUGAGAUGUGUAAACUGGCCGGCAAGAGUGCUCAUUUGGAGUGUGGCAAUUUUGUGCGUGUGCUCCACAACUAUAACCACACCCAUCUGUACGCCUGUGGGACAGGAGCCUUCCACCCCAUUUGUGCCUUCAUUGAGAUCUCAGGACGCAGAGAGGAGGGUGUGUUCCAGUUGUUGUCCGGUACAGUGGAGUCUGGGAGGCUGAAAUGUCCUUACGACCCCAGGCAACCUUUCACCUCUGUACUCACAGAUCAAUUCCUUUAUGCGGGCACAGCAUCAGACUUCCUGGGUAAAGACACAACAUUCACCCGCUCCCUGGGCCCGCCCCCUGACCAGCACUAUAUACGCACUGAGAUCUCCGAGGACUACUGGAUCAACGAGGCCAGGUUUAUAUCAGCUCACCCUGUGUCCGACACCUACAACCCUGACGAUGACAAGAUCUACUUCUUCUUCCGAGAGUCAUCACGGGACAGGAGCGAUAAGAGUGUCCUGUCCCGCGUAGCACGCGUCUGCAAGAAUGACGUGGGAGGGUUGAGGAGUCUGACCAAUAAGUGGACGACGUUCCUCAAAGCCAGACUGGUGUGUUCCAUCCCUGGACCCGAAGGAGUGGACACACACUUUGACGAGCUCCAGGACAUAUUCAUGCUUCCCUCUAGAGAUGAGAAGAACCCUGUAGUGUAUGGAAUCUUCACCACCUCCAGCUCUGUGUUCCGCGGCUCGGCGGUGUGUGUGUACAGCAUGGCUGACAUACGAGCUGUGUUCAACGGACCCUACGCUCACAAGGAGGGACCUGACCAUCGCUGGGUAGAAUACGAGGGGAGAAUACCUUACCCUCGCCCUGGAACGUGUCCCAGUAAGACAUAUGACCCCAGGAUAAAAACCACCAAGGACUUCUCAGACGAGGUGGUCAGCUUCAUCCGCUUCCACCCACUCAUGUUCCGCUCUGUCUACCCCCUGACCGGCCGCCCCGUGUUCACACGUGUACGUGUCGACUACACACUGACACAGAUAGUGGUGGACCGCGUCAUGGCUGAGGAUGGACAGUAUGAAAUCAUGUUUCUGGGUACAGAUGCUGGGUCAGUGCUGAAGGUGGUGAGCAUCACUCAGGAGAACUGGUCCACUGAGGAGGUGAUUUUGGAGGAACUCCAGGUGUUCCAGACUCCCACUCCAAUCCUGAGUAUGGAGAUCUCUUCUAAACAGCAACAGCUAUAUGUGGGUUCGGGGGCGGGGCUAGCCCAGGUGUCACUGAGCAGAUGUCACCUGUAUGGUCAGGUGUGUGCAGAGUGCUGCCUUGCAAGAGACCCCUACUGUGCCUGGGACGGACACACCUGCUCACGGUACAUCCCAGCAUCCAAGAGGAGAGCUAGGAGACAAGACAUUAAACAUGGAGACCCAUCCAGCCAGUGUUGGGACACAGAUGACACUCUGCGUGGAGGCAGGGUGGAGGAGAGGAUAAUGUUUGGGGUGGAGAAUAACUCAACCUUCCUGGAGUGUCUCCCCAAAUCACAACAGGCCACCAUACGCUGGUUCAUACACAGACCUGGAGCUGAACACAGAGAGGAGGUGAGGCCAGAUGACAGAGUGGUCCUUACAGACCGUGGUUUUCUCAUCCGCUCUCUCCAUCCUGCCGACGCUGGCGUGUAUGUGUGUGUGGCACAGGAACACACUCACUUCACACACACUUUGCUCCGCCUUACACUUCGUCUCAUUCCUUACGGGCAUCUGGAUGGGCGGACCAAGCCCAGCGAGGACGCCAGCGUCGAAGUUCGCCCCGGGACUGAAUCUCGUCAGCGCUAUAAGGAUUAUCUGCGUGUGAUGAGUUCUCCUAUUGGCUCGCUGGAGGACUACUGUGAUUCGCUGUGGCUGGAAAAGAGGCCGACCAAUAGGAGAGGGGGGAGAGGGCAAGGGGCAGGAAAAUGGAAACACAUCCAGGAGCUGAAGAAGAGCAGGAACAGACGACACCAUGGAGAGAGGGGUGCAGAGAGGGAUAAAGAGAAGGAUGGCGAGAGGGUAGGGCAGUGGAGGAGUGGAUGAAGUGGUGAGGGUAACAAAGAGGAGGAGUUGCUACUGAAACAGCAGUAGCCAAAAGUGUAAUCAGUCAAAAUAUUAGGGGAGACCAUCAAUGUUUAUAGGUGUAAGAGGAGACAAUAGGGAAGAUGAUCAUGUUCAGUUGAGGGACAGUUAUAACGACAUGGGAACUGGGAUCCUGCAGUUGAUAAUAUGGACCACGAUAGACUCUUCUUACAGAGGUAUAAUCUUCUUUCAUACCAGUCAAACACACAUAGGGCUCAUGUAGGCCUGGCUUCUCAAACUACACUGCCCAUGAUCCCUAUGGCUGUGUCUCAAUAGUGUCUCAGUGCCUUUACUGACGUAUCAAAGUAACCUUAUUUAAGAAGGGCUGCAGCUAAUGUCAAAAGUUAUUUUAAAUUCCAGCGAAAGUUUAGACCUUGUCUGCCGAAUUUGGGACUUUGGAGAGUGUUUAGAAUCAUUGUGUUUUGAUCGUAGUACACGUCAACGAUGUAGUUGUACAUUUAAGGGGAACAUCACUGCAAUCACUUUGCCUUAGUUGUCAAACUGAUAUAUGCUACACUUGCUACAAACAACUUUUUUGACUAUUUGAACUACCGCCCUUGCAAGCUAGCAAGCAUUAACUAACUUAGCUGGCUUUUGGUGGGGGGGUAGGUUUGUUCAAAGUCUGAGGUAUAAUCCCCAGAGUGUGACAUGGCCUUGACAUUAGCUGCAUCCCUUCUAGCCAUAACUCUAUUUUAGCGGAAUGAGAUGUGCCCAGAGCUCAGUGUUUUGUGUCUUAAUCAGAUGCAUUCAUGUUGAAUGACUGUAAAUACUUCUAUAACAUGUACAGGUGAAACUGCAUGCUCUAGUUAAGCUUAGAUAGGACAUAUUCUACUGCUACUAUGAUAAUCACAUAUUAUGUCUAGAAUGAACAAAGAAUCAUAUUUUUGUACAAAGUGAAUGUUUCUCUUUUUGUAGGUAGUUUUAUUUUGGUAGAGUCUGAAAGUUCUGUAAAUAAACUAUUGUCUUAUAAUUUCUCA